AUGAAAGCCAGAAGUGUUUCACCAGCGAGCACGGCAGGCGGAGGUUGCUUCACAAAGAUUCCCUGGACUGCGAGUGAUUAUUCAGAGCAGGUCUCUUCGGCAUCAUCAAAGCUUGCAGAUUCCACCACAACUCCUGCGACCAAUGCGGCGACUCCUACAAGCUCGGGUUCUGCAGCUCCCACCACCAAUGCGGCUAUGCCAAUUGCCACGGCUCAAGAAAUAGUGCUCGGUGGUGCUGCAGUCAUUGCCGGUCUUUUCGUGCUGUGA